AUAGUUUUAAAUAAUGUGAUGUCAGUUCGAAGACGAACUCAUUCCGAUGAUUUCUCCUAUCUUUUGGAAAAAACCCGAAGACCUUCCAAAUUAAAUGUAGUUCAAGAAGAUCCGAAAUCGGCCCCACCACAAGGUUAUUCACUAACCACAGUCAUCAUUAUCUCAGUUUUAGUAUCACUAAUCUGCCAACAUUUUGUACCAUAUGCAGUCUCUACGCUGCACACUGUAAUAAAAAAUUCUCCAAAACAAAAGUCAUCACCACCACCUUCUAAUCGUCUCAACAUUGGGUUUAUCAGCGGAAAUUCCCCGGAAAAAUAUGCGCCCGCUGUUCAAAAACCUACUUUUCUAGUGGAUCCUAUUUAUGAUGAAAAAUGGAAAGGAAUUCAAACAGCAGUUCCGGUUAUGAGCACCCAAACUGAUGAAAAAAGAGAAAACGAUCCGGCAAAAGUGAAAGAAGCUAUUUUGGCCGCGAAGGCAGCUGGAAGAUCUAGAAAAGAUGGAAAUCUGGAAAGAGCAAUGACAAUAAUGGAGCAUGCAAUGGCUCUAGCACCUACUAAUCCACAGAUUCUCAUUGAAAUGGGACAAAUUCGAGAAAUGCAUAAUGAGCUGGUGGAAGCUGACCAAUGUUAUGUGAAAGCUCUAGCAUAUGAUCCGGGAAACUCAGAAGCUUUAGUUCUUCGUGCUCGUACAACGCCACUGGUUAGUGCAAUUGAUAGAAAAAUGCUUCGUUCAGUUCAUGAUCUUCGAGACGAAUUCAAUCAUUUACAACAUUCGACAGCCUUACGAAGAAUGAUGAGAGAAACAUAUUUUCUGUAUGUCUAUCAUACUGUUGCUAUCGAAGGAAACACAUUAUCACUUGGACAAACUCGUGCAAUACUCGAAUCAGGAAUGGUUAUUCCCGGAAAAAGUAUUCGUGAACAUAAUGAAGUUAUUGGAAUGGAUGCAGCUCUUCGUUUUCUGAAUUGUUCUCUUCUUUCAAAGGAACAUGAUGAAAUAUCAAUUGAUGAUAUUCUAGAAAUGCAUCGGAGAGUUUUGGGAAAUGCUGAUCCAGUUGAAGCUGGAAGAAUUCGAACGACUCAAGUAUACGUCGGAAGAUUCACUCCUGUUUCUCCUGAAUAUGUGAUGGAACAAUUGAAGGAUAUCGUUGAUUGGUUAAAUGAUGAAAGUACACUAACAAUAGAUCCAAUUGAAAGAGCAGCUAUUGCACACUAUAAACUUGUUUUAGUGCAUCCGUUCACUGAUGGAAAUGGUAGAACCGCUAGGUUAUUGCUUAAUCUUAUUAUGAUGAGAAGUGGAUUCCCACCUGUAAUAUUACCAGUCGAGACACGUGCCGAAUAUUAUGCAUCUCUUCAUGUAGCAAAUUUAGGAGAUCUCAGACCAUUUGUGAGAUACGUUGCAAAACAUUCCGAGGCAUCAAUUCAACGAUACAUCGGUGCAAUGAAGACAUCAUCAGAUAAUAUUCUCAACAGUGGAGAUUCAAAAUUGACACCUGAAGAGUCGGAAGUCAGCGAAAAAAUCGAAGCGGAGUGUCGAGCGGGAAACUGAAACUGGAACUGAAAUUCUAUAUUGUAAAUCUUAAUUCUUACACCAAAUGGGUUUACAUGUGAUUUUUCAUUAAUGUUAUAUACUAUCGGGUUUUCCUGUUUUCACUGUAUUUUUUAAUAAAAUCUUAAAAGCAU